ACAACACUGCCAACAUCUUCGCCUUUUCUUUUAAAUCUGAUGGAGGUGGUGGAGUUGAAGGUACGGCUACAUUGCAAGGCCUGUGAGAAGUCCGUACGUAAGGCGUUGUGCAAGCUCAAAGCAGGGGUUACUUGCGUGGAGAUGGAUGUAAUGAUGAACAAGAUAACGGUCUUGGGUUACAUUGAUAGGAAGGCGGUUGUAAAAGCUGUCCGAAAGACGGGCCGUCGAGCAGAGGCAUGGGCAUCUUGUGGUCAGGACCCAAGUGAUUUUGUUGGUGAUUUUCCUAAAAAACCUUUCAAGAGCAGUUCCAGGAAUUUUGAAUCAUGGGUGAGGGUUCUUAAAAACCGUGGAAUAAAACUAUUGGAAGGGAAAGGGUUCAAUCCUGUUGGUGGUCCCACGUUCUACUAAAAUCUUAGUCAUUGAUGAAAUGAUUCUGUGUAAGUAGUUAGAAUGAGUAUUGAAACUUGUAAUCAGGUCCCCGCUAUUUGAAUAUGUAAUGCUGCUGUGUGUUUGUGAUAUGGACAUCUAUCCAUAAAG